AUGUCGUUGAAGGACGAGUUCGCGACGCGCAACUUCAGUAUCUACGGGCAAUGGUUGGGUAUCCUGACCAUGAUCCUCUGUUUCGCCCUGGGGAUAGCAAACAUCUUCACCUUCCACGUCCUGCUCAUCAUCUUUAGCGUCUUAUGUCUUGUGUCCUCGUUCAUCAUCCUCUUCAUGGAGGUGCCACUUCUCCUGCGCAUCUGCCCGACCUCGCCCGGCUUCGACAACUUCAUCCGCCGUAUUUCGACAAACUACAUGCGCGCCGGCGCCUAUGGCGUCAUGGCCGUCGUGCAGUGGCUGUCGAUCAUCAUCGCCGCGAGCUCGCUGAUCGCCGCCGCUAUCCUCCUAACCGCCACCGCGGUCUGCUACCUGCUUGCCGGCAUCAAGGGCCAGGCGUUUGUGGGCAGCAAGACGCUCGGCGGUGCGGGCGUGGCGCAGAUGAUCGUAUGA